CGGAGGACGCCGUGGUACGUGCAGACGGCCUUGGUCGUCGUGGUGGACGGUAACGACAAGAACAUCGUCCCGGUGCCAGGCACGUCUCUGGACCUGCAGGUUACCGCGGAGAACCAGGACCGAUACCCUAUAGGCUGGUCUUGAAGGAGGAUUGAACUCGCAGCUCCUGCAACAACUCCUGUUUGUUUAACUUCAAGCGGAGAGACGGAAGAGUUAUCAGAGGCGUUCCGGUGCAUAAGCAGCAGCAGCAGGCAUCAUGGAGGAUGAACUGAUGUUCAGCAUGGAGGAGUGCGGCAGCGCCAAGAGACCCCCUGUCCAGGGAAGCGGCCUCAAACAGCGGGCAUCCUCUCUCAGUGAUGCCAACGCCAGCGAUGACGACGACGAUGAACACUUCAUCUGCCCCAUCCUGGAUGACUCCGCCAGGGAGGUCUGUCACUACCUGAAGAACUUGGCUUAUUCACGGCAGCUGUCAAACUCUCUUCCAAAGAGCAACUUUAUGUACAAGAAUGAAACAGAAACCGUGGCAGAACCUCGGUCUUACAAGGUUUUGUCUGAGAGCGCACGGGCGACAUGGAUGCAUGCAAUCGAAAAGGCCAAAGCUAUGCCCGACCCCUGGGCAGAGUUUCACCUGGAGGACAUCGCGACUGAGCCCUGCAUUCGUUACAGGUACAAUGCUAUUACGGGAGAAUGGGCUCAGGACCAGGUCCACAUCAAGAUGGCCGCACAGCCGUUUGGGAAAGGGGCCAUGAGGGAGUGCUUCAGAACGAAGAAGCUGUCGAAUUUCUCACACAGCAGCAACUGGAAGUCGGCAUCCAACUAUGUAGCCAAGCGUUACAUGGAGACGGUGGACAGGAGUGUUUACUUUGAGGACGUCAGGCUGCAGAUGGAGGCCAAGCUCUGGGGGGAAGAGUACAAUCGCCACCGACCUCCCAAACAGGUGGACAUCAUGCAGAUGUGUGUGGUUGAGAUGAAGGACAGACCAGAUAAACCCCUCUUCCACUUGGAGCAUUACAUCGAGGGCAAGUACAUCAAAUACAACUCCAACUCCGGUUUCGUGCGGGACGACAACAUCCGACUCACUCCACAGGCCUUCAGCCACUUCACAUUCGAGCGGUCGGGCCACCAGCUCAUCGUCGUGGACAUCCAGGGAGUCGGAGAUCUAUACACGGACCCUCAGAUCCACACAGACAAGGGGACCGACUUUGGAGAUGGAAACCUGGGUGUCCGAGGCAUGGCCUUGUUCUUCCACUCCCACCUCUGUAACAAGAUAUGCAAGAGCAUGGGCCUGACGCCUUUCGACCUUUCCCCCGCGGAGAAGUCCCAGCUGGACUGCACCAACAAACUGCUUAAAUCAGCUGAGACGGUGCUGAGGGGCUGCGAGGAGCCUUGCGGUUCUCCUCGCGUUCGCACGUUUUCGUCAGGCCGCGCGCCUCCGCUGUUAUCCCGCCUGUCUGAGACCUCGUCCGUAGACGAGAGCAUGAGCGACGCCGACUCGGUCCCAUGCUCCCCUCUAGCUGCAGCCGGAUUUAUGGGCAAGUCGCCUAUCGGAUUAUCUUUCACCGGAAUGAACGAACAAGAAAGACUCAACAAUAACAACACAGGUGAACACAAGGAAUCAGACAGCGGUGGAGACAGCGGCUACCCCAGCGAGAGGAGGAGCGAGGGGGACGCAAACGACCACGUAGACGGGGCGCAUCAUCGCUACCACAGACAAUAUUCUGAGUCGGAUGAGGACAGUGUCAGACGGAGGAAGAUGGUAGCUCCUCCAAGAGUCUCUGCAAACUUAAAUUCAUUCACUCCUGAAAAUCAAUGGCUGACCGAGGAGAAGUGGAGCUUCUACCAUUCGUCUCGCGCUCACGUCCACAGACCUUCCUGCGUGGCCACGGAGGUGGAGAGACUCAGCAAUCUGAUGCAGAGGAAGAUCGGACAGUCGGUCCUCGGAAAGGUCCACCUGGCGAUGGUUCGGUACCAUGAGGCGGGUCGUUUCUGUGAGAAGGACCAGCCGUGGGAUCAGGACUCGGCCAUGUUCCACCUGGAGCGAGCCGGGCUGUGUGGGGAGCUGGAGGCCAUCGUAGCCUUGGGACAGUGCUGCCUGCAGCUGCCUCAUCACAUACUUCCAGACAUGGCGGUGGAGGACAAUGCGGGAAACAGGAUGAAAGGUUUCAGGUAUCUGCUGCAGGCCGCCGAGGCUGGCGACAGGUCUUCUAUGAUCGUUGUGGCCAGAGCCUUCGACACUGGAAUCAAUCUGUCGGCUGACAGGAAGCAGGACUGGGAAGAAGCUAUUCACUGGUAUGACACGGUGCUAAACAUGACGGAUUACGACGAAGGGGGCGAGUUCGACGGGACGCAGGACGAGCCUCGCUACCUGCUCUUGGCCAGGGUGGCAGAGAUGUACCAAGAGGGAGGCCACAACCUCACCGCAGACCCGCAGAGAGCAGGAGAUCUGUUUACAGAAGCUGCAGAAGCUGCCAUGGGGGCCAUGAAGGGUCGACUAGCGAACCAGUACUAUAUGAAGGCUGAGGAGGCCUGGGCGCUGAUGGAGGAGUAAUUCUGGAUGUUACAUCAACAAAGGGCAUCAAGAGUUAACGCAUGACUGUUUGGUUUUUACACAGCCAGAAUACAGCCUGACUAGUUUACAUUUUUUUUUUUUUUUUUUGAAAUUUUUUUUUUUUUUUUGGUGGGUUAUGUUUGUUAGUGUUAAGCCGUUGAGGAUCAAGCUCUUAUCUCCCGGUUUCCCUUUCUCUCUUUGUGAAACUAAUCUUUCCGUCUCCUCUUUCCUUUAAAGAUCACUUUUUAGUCUGUCUGUAUGAAAGAGAUGGUCUGAUGAAUUCAAACAAAGAUUAUUGUUUACUUAUUUUGUCCCAACUGUUAAAACACUUUUGUUGGAAGAAUGUAUGUAAAAAAAAAAGAAAGUAAGAAAGAAAGAAAGAAAAGUCCGCAUUAUAAAUCUGUUAAAUAAAGUUUGCAUUGGUUUUUAUGGAUCAU